GUCAUACUGCGUCUUCUGCGAAGAAAAAAAAAACUAAAAAGUCGGCAAAUUUUUUGCAGCCGCCUGCUGUAUAUAUGGUGUAAAAAUAAAACAAACUAUCCGUUUUGUUAUUAUUGUGGUCGGCUCGAAAGUGCUAUCGUGUGUGCAAAAAAACAUAAACAAAAAGGAGUGCACAAUUACAAGCGGCUAGACCAACAAACGGAAGUUUUCCACUUGGCCUCCUCCCCCGCGCCGACGUCCCUCGCCCCGCCCCUCAACUCCUCUCUUCGGACGCCACUGGACUGCUCUCUUAUCUUUAUUUAUUUAUUUUUUUUUUUUAAUUUUUUUUAUUGUUUUUGUUAUUGUUGUAUUCUAUAAUUGAUCGGUGACCACGGAAUAUAGUUUUAAAUAGUUCAAAAUGUCGAAGAACAAGCUGAAUCUGGUGCUGCCGCCGGUAAAUACGGAGGCAACUGUUGCCGCCGCCACAGUGGCGCCGACGCCGCCGUUCAAAACCCCUUCGGGCACAGACACACACAGUUUGCUGGGCAAGCCGAAGACGAGCAUCGAUGCGCUGACGGAGACGCUGGAGGGACUGGACAUGGACGACACGGAGCGCAAGCGGAUCAAGGUGUUCCUCAGCCAGAAGGAGAAGAUCGGCGAGCUGUCGGACGAGGAUCUGGAGAAGCUGGGCGAACUGGGUUCGGGGAAUGGCGGCGUGGUGAUGAAGGUCCGGCACACGCACACACACCUGAUCAUGGCCAGGAAACUGAUCCACCUGGAGGUGAAGCCGGCGAUCAAGAAACAGAUCCUGCGCGAACUGAAAGUCCUCCACGAAUGCAACUUCCCGCACAUCGUUGGCUUCUACGGCGCCUUCUACAGCGACGGCGAGAUCAGCAUCUGCAUGGAGUACAUGGACGGUGGCUCGCUGGACCUGAUCCUCAAGCGGGCCGGCCGAAUACCGGAGUCCAUCCUCGGCCGCAUCACGCUGGCGGUGCUCAAGGGUCUGAGCUACCUGCGCGACAAGCACGCCAUCAUCCACCGGGACGUCAAGCCGAGCAAUAUCCUCGUCAACAGCAGCGGCGAGAUCAAGAUCUGUGAUUUCGGCGUCUCCGGCCAACUGAUCGACUCCAUGGCCAACUCCUUCGUGGGCACCCGCAGCUAUAUGUCGCCGGAGCGACUGCAGGGCACCCAUUACUCGGUGCAGUCGGACAUCUGGUCGCUGGGCCUGUCGCUGGUGGAGAUGGCCAUCGGCAUGUACCCCAUCCCGCCGCCGAACACCGCCACCCUGGAGUCCAUAUUCGCGGACAACGCGGAGGAGGGCGGCCAGCCGACGGACGAGCCCCGGGCAAUGGCCAUCUUCGAGCUGCUCGACUACAUUGUGAACGAACCGCCGCCGAAGCUGGAGCACAAGAUAUUCUCCAGCGAGUUCAAGGACUUCGUGGACAUCUGCCUGAAGAAGCAGCCCGACGAGCGGGCCGAUCUCAAGACCCUGCUGAGUCAUCCGUGGAUUCGCAAGGCGGAAGUGGAGGAGGUGGAUAUAUCCGGCUGGGUGUGCAAGACAAUGGAUCUGCCGCCGUCGACGCCAAAGCGGAAUACGUCGCCCAACUAGACGCAGAUGCAGGUGCUGAUGCAGAUGCAGCCCAUCCAUAUCCCCACUUUCCCACUUUCCCCUUUUCCCCAUAUACCAUUUGCUCUUUGUUCGGCGCAAGGCAAAACAAACUGAACUAUUAUUAUUAUUAAAUCGAAAAUAAAGAAAUCGAAGUCA